AUGUCCGAGUCCAAGUGCCCCGUUGCUCAUAGAGUCAUCAACGCUGCUGGCCACGGCCAGCAGAACCGCAACUGGUGGCCCGAUUCUCUCAAGACCAACAUCUUGAGACAACACACAAACGUCACCAACCCCCGAGGCGAGAAUUUCGACUAUGCUGCUGCUUUCAAGACCCUCGACUAUGAGAGUCUCAAGAAGGACCUGCGAGAGCUCAUGACCGACUCGCAGGAGUACUGGCCUGCUGAUUUCGGCCACUACGGCGGUCUCUUCAUCCGAAUGUCGUGGCACAGCGGACAACAACGAUUCGCUCCCCUCAACAGCUGGCCCGAUAACGUCUCUCUCGACAAGGCCCGUCGCCUGCUCUGGCCGAUCAAGCAGAAGUACGGAAACAAGAUCUCAUGGGCCGACCUGAUUGUCCUCGCUGGCAAUGUCGCCCUUGAAGAUAUGGGCUUCAAGACCAUCGGCUUCGCCGGUGGCCGCGAGGACACCUGGGAGGCGGCAGAGGAUGUUUAUUGGCGAACCACCUGGCUGGGCAACGACGUCCGUUAUUCUGAUGGUCAUCCUGGCACAUCGAAGGCCGGUGCCAUCGAUUCUGAUGAGGCUCCUCACAAGGACAUCCACAGCCGCAAGCUUGAGGAGCCCCUCGGCGCAUUAGGCUUGAUUUAUGUGAAUCCCGAGGGUCCUGAUGGCAACCCCGAUCCCGUGGCUGCUGCUCGAGACAUCCGCGAUACCUUUGGCCGCAUGGCCAUGAACGAUGAGGAGACCGUUGCCCUCAUUGCCGGAGGCCACUCUUUCGGAAAGACCCACGGAGCUGGUUCAUCCGACCAUGUCGGUCCCGAGCCCGAGGCUGCAGGCCUUGAGGCGCAGGGCCUCGGCUGGUCCAACACUUACAAGUCCGGAAAGGGUCCCGACACCACCACCAGUGGACUCGAGGUUACCUGGACGAAGACUCCCACCAAGUGGAGCAACAACUUCUUCGAGUACCUCUUCAAGUUUGAGUGGGAGCUCACCAAGAGUCCCGCCGGUGCUCACCAGUGGGUGGCCAAGGAUGCUCCCGAGAUCAUCCCCGAUGCCUACGACCCCAACAAGAAGCAGCGCCCUACCAUGCUGACCACCGAUCUUUCUCUCCGCUUCGACCCCGAGUAUGAGAAGAUCUCCCGACGCUUCCUCAACAACUUUGACGAGUUCUCCGAGGUCUUUGCCAAGGCUUGGUUCAAGCUUACCCACCGUGACAUGGGUCCCGUGUCGCGCUACCUCGGUCCCGAGGUUCCCAAGGAGAGCUUCUUGUGGCAAGACCCCGUUCCCGAGGUCGACUUUAAGCUGGUCGAUGAGGGCGAUGUCGCUGCCAUCAAGAACGAGAUCCUCAAGUCUGGCUUGAGUGCCACUCAAUUGGCCUCUACUGCCUGGGCCUCCGCCUCUACCUUCCGAGGCAGUGACCUUCGCGGUGGUGCCAACGGUGCCCGUAUCCGCCUUGAGCCCCAGAAGGACUGGGAGGUCAACAACCCUGCCCAGCUCAGCAAGGUUCUCAGCGUCCUUGAGGGCAUCCAGCAGAAGUUCAACAACGCUCAGCCCAACGGCAAGCGCAUCUCUCUUGCUGAUGUCAUUGUCCUCGCUGGUUCUGCCGGUGUUGAGAAGGCUGCCAAGGACGCUGGCUUCUUUGUCUCGGUCCCCUUCACUCCCGGUCGCACCGAUGCCACCCAGGAGCAGACCGACGUCCAGUCCGCCAACUACCUCAAGCCCUCUGUUGAUGGCUUCCGAAACUACGGACAGUCGACACCACGUGUCAAGCUUGAGCACCUGCUCAUUGACCGAGCUCAGCUUCUGACUCUGUCCCUGCCCGAGCUGACCGCCCUCAUCGGUGGUCUCCGUGCCCUCAACGCCAACUGGGAUGGCUCCUCCCACGGUAUCUUCACUGACCGCCCCGGCGCUCUCACCAACGACUUCUUCGUCAACCUUCUCGACAUGGGCACCGUCUGGAAGCCCGUUGGCGAUGGCGACAUCUUCGAGGGAUCCGACCGCAAGACCGGAGCCAAGAAGUGGACCGGUACCCGCGUCGACCUUGUCUUUGGCUCUCACGCCGAGCUCCGCGCUCUGUCGGAGGUGUACGCCGAGGCUGGUGGUGAUGAGAAGCUGGUCAAGGACUUCGUGGCUGCUUGGGUCAAGGUGAUGAACCUGGACCGAUUCGACAUUGGCAAGGCGCCUACGCUGAACGUUUCUCCUCGUCUGUAA